AUGUCCGAUAUCAAGGCAGUGAUAAUGGGCCAUGCACGGGGUCUUGAUUACUUCCGCGGCACGGACGUGCCGAUCUAUGUUCACAAGCAAAAACUCAAAGAUAUUGUUGCCAACAAAUCGAACCUUGGCACCUAUUUUCCGCAGCAUCCGAAAUUCGACUUGAAUUGGACACCUUUCUAUGAAGGCUUUGUUGAGAUUACGCAGGGUCUCACGCUCCUGCAUGUGCCGGGCCAUACACCUGGCCUCUGCAUUCUGCAAGGAAGUCUUAAGGACUCUGAAGAUGACGGAACGCUCGACACCCGCAUGUUCUGCAGAGGUCUCGCGAACCUACGUGCGCACGUAUCCACCAUGAAGCUCGAUGAUGCCGUUGCUCAAGCCAUUGGCAUAGACUCGUCCAUCGCCAGCGUCUCGUCCGCUGGCGGCGGAGGCAUGUCGUCAGCCUCAACAUCUAAGAUCACGGCGAAGAUGCCAAAUGGCGGCGACAAGCACUUUUUUAUGAAGACGGGCAAGGGCGAAGAUGCAGCCAUCAUGUUUGAAGGCGAGCACGCCUCCCUCAACGCCCUGCACAAUGCGGUGCCGACGCUCUGCCCGCAGUCUUUCGGCCAUGGAACCUUCGCCUCAUCACCCUCGACACACUUUCUCGUCACCGACUACCUGCACCUGACCUCGCGCCUGUCGCGGGGCGGCUCCAGCACCGCGCCCUCGCUCGCCGCCAAGCUAGCCAAGUUGCACACCACGCCAGCGCCCACGCCGGCCGGCCACUCGCAGCCGCAGUUCGGCUUCCCGGUAACGACGUGCUGCGGCGACACGCCGCAGGAGAACGGGUUCAAGUCGAGCUGGGCCGAAUUCUACGCCGAAAACCGGCUGCGCUUCAUCCUGCGGCAGUCGGAGCGCAACAACGGCAGCGACAAGGAGCUGCGCUCGCUCGUCACCCGCACCGCCGACGAGGUCGUGCCGCGAUUGAUCGGUGAUGCGCACCUCAACGGCGGCAAGGGCGUCACGCCUGUCGUGGUGCACGGCGACCUGUGGAGCGGUAACGCGUCGCGCGGCAGCAUUGGCAACCUUGAUGCCGAGCCCGAGGACGUCGUUUACGACCCCAGCGCGUGCUAUGCGCACAGCGAGUACGAACUCGGCAUCAUGAAGAUGUUCGGAGGCUUUGGUGGUAGCUUCCUAAAAGAAUAUCAUGAGAUUUGCCCCAAGACGGAGCCGGUAGAGGAAUAUGAGGAUAGGGUUGCGCUGUAUGAACUGUAUCACCAUCUGAAUCACCAUGCCCUGUUUGGUGGUGGAUACAGAUCUGGCGCGGUGUCCAUUAUGGAGCGGCUUCUGAGGAAGUAUGGUGGUAAAUAG